CAUUUAUUUCUGUUUUUUCUACAAUAUUUGCUUUCUUUUCAUUCUUCCCAGAUUCGUUGCCUCAUUUCUUACCACAAUUCUCAGUCGAGGCUCGAAUAAUUCGCCCCCCAAAAAUUCUCAGAAAAAAAGAAGGUUCAGAGUCCGAACCAAAAUAUCGAAGUUUCUGUCACUAAGUCACAACCAUUAAAUUCCCAUUCCAAUAAAAAUAGGUUAGUCCCCCUCUUUCUCUCUCCAAUUCUUCUAUUGUAUUUCGGUCACAACUUCCCAAACUAAAUUUGCUGUUCGCGCCAACAACAACUACUGCAUUGCUGUUUCUGCUCAUGCUGCGUCGCCAUGGACGGGAUGGACUAUUGAUGGGUCGUCCCCGUAGCUAGUCUGAACUCGAGAUUCUCGUGGGCGGGUGGUUGGAGCGUGGCGACUGUUGGUGGACAAAUGGAAGCCACCAGCAUCUUCAGCGGGGUCCCCUUGGCAGCUUCUUCAAAGGCCUCCUCGAGGUCGAGCUUCCCUCUGCAGAAUCUCUCCUACUUGUCUUCUUUCCGUCCCAUCCGUUUACUGUUUCUGAAGAAGAAGAAAGACACCCAUUUGUUCUCCUCUUCUUUGGCUUUCCAACAACUAAUCCAAAAUAACAGCACCAGCAGCGGUAGCAACUCCAAAACCACCACCAGAAGAAGAAGCCGCACAUCCAGACCCAACAACAACAGAAGUCCGACCAUUCCUUCUACCACUUCUUCUUCUAUUCCCUCCUCGUCGAUCUUGAGACGAAACCAGCAGAGUCAGCCACAGCAGAACCAGCCGCAGCAGCAGCAACUCGUGCAAGAGAAGAAUAGGACAGUAAAGAAGACCCAUGAAGAUAAGGAGGCUAAAGUGAGUGUCCGGACACUGUAUCAGAAUGGAGACCCAUUGGGUCGGAGGGAUUUGGGGAAAUGCGUGGUGAAAUGGAUUUCUCAGGGAAUGAGAACCAUGGCGUCGGAGUUUGCCUCUGCUGAGGUUCAAGGUGAAUUCUCUGAGGUUAGGCAGCGUAUGGGACCCGGUCUUACGUUUGUCAUUCAGGCACAGCCGUAUCUCAAUGCCAUUCCCAUGCCUAUUGGUGCGGAGGCACUCUGUUUGAAAGCCUGCACUCACUAUCCGACGCUCUUCGACCACUUCCAGAGGGAGUUGAGAGAUGUGUUACAGGGUCUCCAGCGCAAUUCACAGAUUGAGAGUGAUUGGCGAGAAACUGAGUCAUGGAAGUUGCUAAAGGAGCUUGCUAAUUCAGCUCAGCAUAGAGCGAUUGCACGGAAGAUUCCCCAGAAGCCUGUGCACAGUGGGUUGGGAAUGGACCUUGAGAAGGCUAGGGCAAUACAGAACAGGAUUGAUGACUUUACAAAAUGCAUGUCGGAGCUCCUUCGCAUUGAAAGGGAUGCUGAGUUGGAAUUUACUCAGGAAGAAUUGGAUGCUGUUCCAAUGCCAGAUGAGAAUUCUAACUCUACAAAGCCUAUUGAAUUCUUGGUCAGCCAUGGCCAGGCUGAGCAAGAGCUCUGUGAUACUAUUUGCAAUCUGAAUGCUAUUAGUUCUUCUACAGGGUUAGGAGGCAUGCAUUUGGUUCUGUUUAGGGUUGAAGGGAAUCAUCGAUUGCCACCUACUACACUCUCUCCUGGAGACAUGGUUUGUGUGAGAACAUGUGACAGCAGGGGUGCUGGUGCAACUUCUUGCAUGCAGGGAUUUGUUCACAACCUAGGAGAAGAUGGUUGUAGCAUAUGUGUGGCUUUGGAAUCUCGCCAUGGUGAUCCUACUUUUUCUAAGCUGUUUGGCAAGAAUGUGCGCAUUGACAGAAUCCAUGGAUUGGCUGAUGCACUCACUUAUGAGCGCAACUGCGAAGCCCUUAUGCUGCUCCGGAAGAAUGGUUUGCAUAAGAAAAAUCCUUCCAUUGCUGUUGUAGCAACUCUAUUUGGAGAUAAGGAAGAUGUUACAUGGAUGGAGAAGGAGCAUGUGGUGGAUUGGCAUGAAGCAAAGCUAGAUGGGCUAGUACAAGAUGGCAGUUACGCUAAUUCCCAACUAAGAGCAAUUGCCUUAGGUUUGAACAAGAAGCGUCCUGUGUUGAUAAUCCAAGGGCCUCCUGGUACUGGAAAGUCAGGUUUGCUCAAGGAACUGAUAGCACUUUCUGUUCAACAAGGUGAAAGGGUGCUUGUCACUGCACCAACAAAUGCUGCUGUUGACAACAUGGUUGAAAAGCUUUCAGAUAUUGGGAUAAACAUUGUACGUGUUGGAAAUCCAGCACGAAUAUCUGCACCUGUAGCUUCAAAGUCUCUUGGGGAGAUCGUCAAUGCUAAGCUUGAAAAUUUUCGCAAAGAGUUUGAAAGAAAGAAGGCGAACCUAAGAAAAGAUCUACGACUCUGCUUAAAGGAUGAUUCUCUAGCUGCAGGCAUACGCCAACUCCUAAAACAACUUGGAAAAGAAUUGAAGAAGAAAGAGAAGGAAACUGUAAAGGAAGUACUAUCAAGUGCUCAGGUUGUACUCUCCACAAAUACUGGGGCAGCAGAUCCUUUGAUCCGAAGGCUGGAUACCUUUGAUCUGGUUGUUAUAGAUGAAGCAGGGCAGGCAAUUGAGCCAUCCUGCUGGAUUCCAAUCUUGCAAGGAAAGCGCUGUAUACUUGCAGGUGAUCAAUGCCAGCUAGCUCCAGUGGUUUUGUCCAGAAAAGCCCUGGAAGGUGGGCUUGGCAUAUCUCUUCUGGAAAGAGCAUCAACUCUGCAUGAUGGAGUUCUUAAAACCAAGUUGACUACACAAUACCGGAUGAAUGAUGCAAUAGCCAGCUGGGCCUCAAAGGAGAUGUAUGAUGGAUUGUUACAGUCUUCUCCAACUGUGUCCUCACACCUUCUUGUUGAUUCCCCAUUUGUUAUGGCCACAUGGAUAACCUUAUGCCCAUUGCUCUUGCUUGACACACGAAUGCCAUAUGGUAGUUUAUCUGUUGGCUGUGAGGAGCAAAUGGACCCAGCUGGCACAGGCUCCUUUUAUAAUGAAGGCGAAGCUGAUAUUGUUGUCCAACAUGUCUUCUCUCUGAUUUAUGCGGGAGUCAGCCCAACUGCUAUUACAGUGCAAUCUCCUUAUGUUUCUCAAGUACAACUUUUGAGGGAUAGGCUUGAUGAACUUCCAGAGGCAGUUGGUGUGGAGGUGGCAACUAUAGACAGCUUUCAAGGUCGGGAGGCUGAUGCAGUUAUUAUAUCAAUGGUCCGAUCAAACACUUUGGGUGCUGUUGGAUUCCUUGGCGAUAGUAGGCGAAUGAAUGUUGCAAUAACCCGAGCACGCAAACAUGUAGCAGUUGUUUGCGAUAGUUCAACUAUAUGCCACAACACCUUCCUGGCCAGGCUUUUGCGUCACAUCCGACAUUUUGGAAGAGUAAAGCAUGCGAAUCCUGGAACUUUUGGUGGGUCUGGACUUAGCAUGAACCCCACGUUUCCCUCCAUAAAUUGAAACAGAAUAUCAGGACAAGAGUCAUACUUUUUGACGAUUGAUGAUUUAUGGACAAAUGUAAGUAGAUGCAUAUUCUCUUUUCUGCAUCUGAUUCCACCUUCAUUCUUGUAUAGGCCUUUCAAUUUCUUGAAAAAGUCAGAAAGAAAAAUAAUAUUUUGAAAGAAAUGCACCUACAAUCAUUGCAAUCAGUAAUACCUGAGAUUGUAUAUAUACACAGAUAAUUUCUUUUCUAUUAAUAUAAAUUGGGAGACAGAAGUUAUUCUAUAUUUGUAACUACUUACAUUGGCUUGCAUUUAAGUACCUCUGAGUUUAAGAAUGCUUUAACAGUCGUA